CAUUCCACUAUUAACUCGAAUGGCGGAUAUAAAUGAGACACGUUCACACGAUGCUGUCAAAUCGUCCGGAAAUUCUCGUUCCACGUCUUAUCGCUCGAUUUUCACGUUUGUUGGUGUGCUUGAGUUUCUCCGAUUUUUGUAACUCUUUACUUUGCUAAUGGAUUGCGCUCUCGAGAAUGUUCUCGCAAAGAUCGUGCUAUGUCUCCCAACUAUCGAGAUCACAUCCAAUUUUGAAGUUUAUUGAUAUUUAUGAUCGUCAGUCAUUUAUACGAGUAUACGUUUUGGAUAACUUUUAUGUGUGUAUCUUGAUGUAUAUUUUGUUCUACAUAGCACUAUGGUAUGCUAAUAACAUAAUAAAGCGAAUUGAAAGAUCAAAUCGGGAGAUGUCAACAAUAGUUGCAGAAAACAAGAUGAAAUUAGACAGAUUGGUUUUGUUAAAAAACAAGAAGGCGGAAUUCGAGGAUGCAAUCGUAAAAACAACAGAUGCUCAAAAAGAGACUACAAAAUACUUAGAAGAUGAAGUGAACAGGCUUAGCACAGAAUUAAUUACAACAUCCAAUAAAAUUACUGAAUUGGAAAAAGUUGUUGAAAAAUACAAAUAUCCGGACAAAUUCCUUAGCUCAGCCAAUGCUAUCGAGGGCGAAUGUCCAAAAGAAUUCGAAAGAGUCACGACUUCGUUCGAGAAAUUCAAGAUUCUCGAACCGUCAUUUCCACCAACUGUACCACCGGAACCUCCGCCUCGGAAGUAUGGGAUCUUUGUCAGUAGACCGCCUGGGCGGAGAGAGUCGUCUGCAACUGCACCUGCGACUCCAAAACAACCGUUUACGAGUGGCAUGAACGCUUCAGAAGUGGUCGUGAAUCCGUCGAGGAAUCAGUCGAAAAAGAAAGCGAUGCUCACAGUUUUCAUGGAUUACAACGGUAUUGUAUAUCACGAAUUUUUGUCAGAAGGUCAGACAGUUAAUAAGGAGUAUUAUUUGGGCGUUAUGAGACAUUUUCGUGAAGCAAUUCGCCAAAAAAGAAAGGAUUUGUGGGUAAACAACUCGUGGAUUUUGCACCAUGAUAACGCACCGUCGCACAGUGCCAUCAUUAUCCGUGAAUUUUUGGUCAAGAACAAAACGAAUACCAUCCAACAGCCAUCGAAUUCACCCGAUAUGGCUCCCUGCGAUUUUUUUCUGUUCGAUCGAGUCAAAAAACCACUGCGGGGAAACAGCGCGUUUUAA